AUGGCUUUCGCGUCGUCUACUGGUCUUGUUGUCCUUCUCGGAAUCAUCGCUGCGUACCUGGUCAACCGCCUGGUGCGAUCGAAUAAUCAUUGCCGACCGCUACCUCCGGGUCCCAAAGGCAUCCCGAUUCUUGGUAAUGUCAAUGACCUGCCGAAGCCCGGAAUGCUGGAGUGCCACCAUUGGUUAAAGCAUAAGGAUCUUUAUGGCCCAAUAAGUUCUGUUACAGUAUUGGGUCAGACCUUUGUGAUCAUCAAUGAUGCGCAAAUUGCGCUUGAGCUCUUGAGAGACCGAUCGGUUAUACACUCCGCCCGCCCGCACAUGGUGUUCAGUAGUGAGAUGAUUGGAUGGAAAAACACACUUGCUUUCAGCGGCUAUACAGACACCUUUAAGCUUCAUCGCAAGAACAUUGCCAAGGUUGCCGGCAGCAGUGUGUCUCUCCAAGUGUUCGAUCGCGUCCAGGAAGCAGAAGCCGCUCACUUCCUCCUCAAUGUGUUGGACUCUCCGGAAAAUUUGUUUGAUCACAUCAAAAGGGAAGCUGGCGCUGUUAUACUCAAGAUCACUUAUGGCUACACAGCCAAUGCGCAUGGCGAGGACCCUUUUGUUGACAUGGCCGGCAGGACUAUGCAAGGAUUCGCUGAAGCAACGGUGCCUGGCAAGUGGGCCGUGGAUAUCAUGCCUUUCUUGAGAUAUGUACCGGACUGGAUGCCUGGAACAGGUUUCAAGGCCACAGCUCAUCAAAUGGCUGCUCAAUUAAAGCAAACUACGGAGCAGCCAUACGAGUUCGUCAAGCAGCAAAUGCGUGAAAAGAAGCACAAAACUUCUUUCCUGUCUCAGGCAAUCGAGAACAUUGGCUCCGAUCCGGAGAUGGAGCGUAUCCACAAGUGGUCGGCGUCUUCCAUGUACUUGGGCGGCGCUGACACGACUGUCUCCUCCCUAAUGACUUUCUUCCUGGCCAUGACACUGUUCCCGGAAGUACAGAAAAAGGCUCAAGAGGAACUUGACCAUGUCAUCGGAGGGAGCCGUCUACCUGUCACCGCUGACCGCGAGAAGCUGCCAUACAUCGAAGCAGUCAUGAAAGAAACACACCGCUGGCACCCUGUUGCCCCCAUGGCUCUACCCCACUGCAGCACUAAGGAAGAUGUCAUCCAAGGUUACAGAAUCCCGAAGGGCGCGCUCCUGCUCCCAAACAACUGGUGGUUCACGCACGACCCCUCCGUGUACCCCUCACCCAUGACCUUCCUCCCAGAACGGUUCUUCGACACACCCACCCACAAAGCCGAGCCCGACCCGCGCAAUUGGAUAUUCGGGUAUGGUCGGCGCGUGUGCCCCGGCCGCUACGUAGCAGACAACGCGGUGUUCAUGACUAUCGCCCAGACGCUGGCAGUGUUCAAGAUUGAGAAACUGGUCGAGAAUGGCAAGACGGUGGAGCCGGAACUCAAAUUCGAGCCUGGUGUUGUGUCGCACCCUGUCCCGUAUCGCACGUCGAUCAAGCCAAGGUCGGAGAAGCAUAAGCAGUUGAUUAGGGCAGCAGAGAAGGACUACCCGUGGGAGGAGAGCGAUGCUAAGGUGUUGGAGACUGUAAAGUGGUAG